AUGGUCGAAGCAGCUCUACCAAAAGUCAAAAUCUACGCGACAGGGGGAACCAUCGCUGGGGCCAGCAACUCGAACAGCUCGACGGACACUACGCAGUAUUCUGCCGGACAAGUGACCGUCGAACAGCUGCUGCAGGCCGUGCCUCCUCUGAAGGAUAUAGCAAUGAUAGAGUCCGAGCAGUUCACAAAUACGGGCUCGAAUCAGCUCAACACUUCCAUCCUGCUAUCCCUAACCAAGAAGAUCCAAGGUGACCUGGACAGCGAUUCUAAUCUCUCAGGAGUGAUCGUCACAAUGGGAACAGAUACCCUCGAAGAGGCCGCGUUCCUUUUCGAUAGUAUCAUCGACGAUGAACGGCCGAUCGUGGUGACGGGAGCCAUGCGCCCGACCACUUCUCUCUCCGCAGACGGUUCUUUCAAUUUGUUCCAAGCUGUGAGCGCGAGCAUCUCAUCAUCCUCAAGAAAUAGAGGCACGUUGAUCGUUCUCAAUGAUAGGAUCGGCAGCGCUUACUACACUUUCAAGAGCAACACGCGAACACUGGACACUUUUCAGGCACUCGAAGCAGGCUUUCUGGGCACUUUCGCUGGCAUUGAGCCUAUCUACUACUACCAGCCUGCGAGAGCGACUGGUCGGCAGCUUUAUCCCGUAUCGUCCCUGCCCGCCAACAAUAACCUUCCUAGCGUUUCCAUCCUUUACGCUGCCCUCGACCAAGGACCGGCCCAGUUGGACUUUGCAGCGUCGCAAGGAGUGCAAGGUGUAGUGAUUGCUGGAGAAGGUGAUGGAGAAGCGGAUAGGACUUGGCUGGACUCUAUGACCAAGCUGAUGAAUCGGGGUGUACCAGUGAUCACUGCAAGCAGAUCUCCCAGCGGGACCGUUCAGGCAGGAAACAACUUCGGCAACGGGACCACCAGCAUACCUUCCAAAACUUUGAACCCUCAGAAAGCCAAGAUUCUCCUUCAGCUUCAGCUUGCCAAAGCUCCCCUUGACAUGCAGGCUGUCAAGGAUGUCUUCAAGACUGCGUAG